GGCUUGCGCAAGUGCAAAGGAUGUGGCAAGAUUGUGCCGUCUGGGAGGCAGCGCCACAUGUGCGAUUGUGAGCCGCCACCACCUGUCCAAGCGCAAGAGGUGCCACAGACCGUUGAUCGCCAUCGUGCCAUGGAGCUCUUUCGCAAAGCAAGGGACAUGAUUCGCAAGGCCCAGCAGCUUUAUCCUGAGAGCAAGGCAUGCUUCAUGUAUCACGUGCCCAACCCAGAUAAGGUGCAAGAAGGUCACACCAAGUGCUUCCUGCACGGCUUCUGCCGCAAAUCCUCCAUCCACAUCCACGACAAGGACAGCAACAUGGUGCCGCGGAACACUGCGCACUUUCGCACGGUGCCGCAAGCUGUGGUGGAGGACUACACGAGUAAGAAACACGCGUUCAACAUGGCAAAGAAGGACCUGCACGCGAGCAAGAACCACGCCCCUUCCGCCGAAGCGCAGGCCGCGUACGAGGACGCCCUCCAGGAAUUCGUCAUCUCGCACGAGUCGCACCAGUACUACACGAUGCUCAACUGCGUCACGCGGUUCUAUCUUCUCUUCUGCAACGAGAGCGAGUUGAACCGCCGGGCAAACGCCGCCUCCAAGCUACGCAACCUGUGCAAGCACUGCCACCCACCCAACGCAGAGGGCGCCCCAGACGUGAGCAUGAAGCACCAGCUGCCGCCACCUCAGGCGCACCCGGCCAUGCAGCACCCGUCGCUGGACCCGUCGCUCGCCGGCACGCCGGGCAUCGACUUCCGCACAGACCACCUGCGGCCGGAGCUGCGCAACGACCUGCAGCACAUCAACCUGCCGCACCCCAUCGACUCUGUCGACCCGGGCCCGCAGCACCCGCACCACCACCACCACCCGCACCACGGACACCACCCGCACCAGCAGCACCCUGCGCACGCGCACGCGCACCACCACCACCAGCUGCACCCGCCGCCGCCACACGCCAUUGCCCCGCCGCCCCACUCCCACAGCCACGUUCCGCCCAUGUCGCACGCACCGCAGCACCCGCACAUGCCCCCGUUCUCCCACGCGCCGCAGCACCCGCACAUGCCGCAGAUGCAGCAGCCGGGCAUGCCGCUCUCCCAGCAGCCGACGCUGCCGCACCCCGUCCACCCGCCGCCACCACCGCUCCCGAUGAGCAUGGUUCCCCCGCAGUCGCUGCCGCAGCACCACCACCCGCACCUCGGCCAGCCCACACACAUGCACAGCCCGUCGGUCAGCCACGCGCCCGUGCCACACAUGACGAUGGCGCACAUGCAACACCACGUCCCGCACCAGCUGCCGCCGCACCCGCACCCGACCCUGCCGCCAGCCACGUUUGCCAGCGAGGAGGACAUGCACAUGCCGCCGCCUUCAUCGGACAUGAAGCGCUCCCCGUCACAGGCGCCCGUGGCGUCAAAGCGACACCGCCCGUGAUGCAAUGGCGGCCCUGCUGUUGUUGAUGUGUGUGUGUGUUUGUUCAUGUGUGUGUGUGUGUUUGUUCAUGUG